CAGCUCACACAUCAAUACACGCACACACACACACACAGAUCAGUGCGCACGGAGAGCCACUCCAGCACCCCGGGGGAAGUUUGCAACCAACCCUUUGGACCGACGUUAUCAGCCGCACCACCAGAAAGGCUACGUUCGCGCAAGUAGAAGUGGGAGAGAGCGUUGGCUUCACAUGAGCUGUAUUCUCUGAGAUCAGACGGGGAUCAUCGCAAAGGAGAACGGAGAGAGAUCGAGAGACACGGAGCUGGAUCGACAGGCGGCUUAAAAAUGCAUCAGCGACAUGGAGUAUUUAUGCUGGCGAUCGUUUCAUCCCUGCUGGUGCUCGCCGUAUUAGGGACGGACGUGGGUAAAAAGGAAAAACCAGAGAAGAAGGCUAAGAAGUCGGACUGCGGAGAAUGGCAGUGGAGCGUCUGCGUCCCCACCAGCGGGGACUGCGGCAUUGGCACUCGGGAGGGGACCCGCUCCGGGAAGGAGUGCAGACACACCAUGAAAACGCAGAAAUGUAAAAUCCCCUGCAACUGGAAGAAACAAUUCGGAGCUGAGUGUAAGUACCAGUUUGAGGAGUGGGGAGAGUGCGACCCCGAGACAGGUGUGAAGACCAGAAACGGCAGCCUGAAGAGGGCCUUACACAACGCGGAAUGUGAGAAAACAGUAACCCUAUCCAAGCCCUGCGGGAAGAUCACCAAGCCCAAACCUCAAGAAUCCAAAAAGAAGAAAAAAGAAGGGAAAAAGCAGGAGAAGCAGAUGGACUGAGAAAGACGGGAUAUGGGUACCUGAGAAGACGCAGGAGACCAUAACAUAUCCAUUCACUUUCUACCUAGACCUGCGAUUUCCUAGCCCGCCGUUAGGGUAGAGGGGGGUAUAAGCUACGUGUUAGAGGGUUUGGGUGGUUGGAGGGAUAUAUAUUUUUUCUCUUUUUUUUGUUUUUUUUUAAAUUGUAACAUUGUUAGGAGACGAUACGGCUGAUUUUAUUUACGUAUAAUUAGGCGUGUACAUAGUUAAUCGCGGACCACAGGGGACCAGGUAUAGAAACUGCGUGUGAGUUAAUGGCGUGUAACAGAGUGAUGGGAUUUGUAUAUUAUGCCUGUCGUUUGUGUUAUUAUUUUCCAUUUGGGAACUAUAGAGAAAUCCCAUAAAACCACCUAAAAAAAAAACAAAAGAGAAGAAAAGCAAGUGUAUAGAUCAAAAAUGAAAAGGGUUGAGUCGGCUCCGAAGUGACAUUAUAACAGCCUACAUAUGCAAAUGAGAUCACCUUCACGGUAAUGCGCAUUUUGCAUACGGGGACGCCGGGAAGUAUGCAGCGUUAACAUAUAGGACCCGCCUUUUAUUCUACCCUAUACAUUUGCUUUGAAAUACACUGAUAUUUCUUAAGGUUCAAUAUUCAAGCUGGAAACCCGGUUUUAGGUGAAAUUUGAAUACAAAGUAACAGUAAUUUAGGAUGAAAAAAAAAACUUAGUCCAUCAAGUUCAAGCCUUCUAUUGAUCAUUAAGGGCAAAAUUUUAAAAAAUUUAUAUUCACAAUUCCAUACCUUAAAUUCUUGCUAUAGUUGGGAUUUUAUUAUAGAGCGUUUGUUUUAAGAUAGGAUGGCCGCAAAAUUAAGUUGAUAUUGGGAGUGUUCUAUUGUUGUGGCAACACCCACUUUUUUUUAAAAAAAACACCAAAUUUAGAUUUUUUUUUAACAAAAAUCCACAUUUUUAAAGGCUUUUGGUUAGUUUUUUAGGGAGGAGGGUGGAUUAUACAAAUUGUAAAUAUUUUACCCAAAAUAAUAUUAAAAGACAAAAAAACUAAAUUAGGGUGUUGUCAAGAAUGGAGAUUGGGAAAUUUUGGAGAAAAAAAAAAAGGGAAUCAAAUUCAGUAGGGACAAUGAAGCUCUCGGACGUCAGCUGAAAAAGAGCGAGACGCGGCAUUAUACUAAGUUCCGUUCUAACCCUGAAAUGGUGUCGUCUACCCAGAUCCGUUAAUCUAUAAUCAGAUUGAGUAGCAACAUAAUGAUAAUAAACUAAUAUACAAA